AUGAAUACCGGUGAGGGAAAAACUCUCACGGCUUUUCUCCCGAUUUGCCUUAAUGCUUUGACCGGUCAAACCAAACCAAUUUUGGAUUUUUUCCAAAUUACUUCUGGGGUUAAUUUAACUACUCACUCCACCGAGGAAAAGAAAAAUUUAUAUCAUAACUGUACGGUAAUUUAUACUACUAGUAGUGAAUUAGGAUUUGAUUACUUACGGAAUAAUUUAGUAACUAAUAGCCAAGAGAGGAUUAACCAAGAUUAUUAUUAUGCGAUUAUUGAUGAAGUUGACUCAAUUUUGAUUGAUGAAGCCCAAAACCCGCUCAUUAUUUCCCAGCGAACUACCGGUGGAGGGGGGGUUAUCCAUCCGGCCGAGUAUCAAUUAGCCACUAAAUUAGCUAAUUCCCUGACCGAAAAAAAAGAUUAUAAAGUUGAUGAAAAAGAAAAAGAUAUUUGGCUAACUACCCAGGGGAUUAAAAAAAGCCAAGCGUUUUAUCAAAUAAGUAAUUUGUUUGCUUUUCCAAAUCAUCGUUAUAAUUUUUUGCUUCAUAACGCACUAAAAACUAAGCAUUUAUACUAUAAAGACAUUGACUAUAUUGUUGACCGAGAGAAAGGUCGGAUAGUUUUAGUUGACGCUUUAACGGGGCGUUUGGUGCCUAAUCGGGUUUAUAGUUCAGGUAUUCACCAGGCCAUUGAAAGUAAAGAAAAUUUGCCGGUCAGUACUAAAAGUAAAACGAUUGCAACCAUUACUUUCCAAAAUUUUUUCCGGCUUUUUGACAAGUUAUCAGGGAUGACCGGAACUGCCAAAAGUGAAGCGGAAGAGUUUCGCCAAGUGUACGGGAUGGAAAAUAGUGAAACCGCCCAGCGACCAGUUUUAAUUGGUUCACCCAGCGUGGAAAUUUCCGAAUACUUAUCUACUCUCCUAACUAAGGAAAAUAUUUUUCAUUAUAAAUUAAACGCGGUUAAUCACCAACAAGAAGCCGAAAUAAUCGCCCAAGCGGGUCAAUUAGGGGCCAUUACUAUUUCGACUAAUAUGGCCGGUCGCGGAACCGAUAUUAUUUUAAGUGAAGAAAGUAAGAAGGCGGGUGGCUUACUAGUUAUCGGGGUGGAAAGAAAUACCAGCCGUCGCAUUGAUAAUCAAUUACGUGGACGGUCGGGACGACAAGGCGACCCUGGCGAAAGCCAAUUUUAUGUUUCGUUGGAAGAUGAAUUAGUGAAAAAUUUUGCGAUUAAGGAAAAAGUGGGGGGUUUUCUUAGCCAAAAACAAUUAAAAGAACUCUUUCAUCGCCCGUUCAGUGGCAAAAUAUUUAACUUUGUCAUUUCCGAACCCCAAGAAACUCUACGUAAUGUGGAUGCCGAACGACGGCAAAACGCACUUAAUUAUGACUUAUUAAUUAACCGCCAAAGAAAGUCGAUUUAUAAUUAUCGUAAUAAAUUGCUAAGUGCUAAGGACUUAACCAAAGUAAUAAAGAAGAAAAAAAAAGCCAAAGCAACCCAAUUUAUUCCGGUCGAGCAAGAAUAUUUGCGAGUUCGAUUAGUGAAAGAAGUUGACCGGUUUUGGUCGGAUUAUUUAGAAGCCUUAACCAAAAUUAAAACCUUGGUUAAUGUCAAAGUUUAUCUUCCCCAAGACCCGCAAGAAGCCUUUUUUUGA